CAAUGGAAAUCAAGCCCGCCAUUGCUUCUUCUGAAAAUAUAGCGCUAAAUACUCAGUCUUCAGCUGCUAUCAAUUCUAGCAUCACGACACAAGAUGAUGCUCUUCUUGUUUGUAAUGCUGCAACUCGAAUCCGCUCACGCGAUACGUUCAUGCUGAUGGCUUUGUGGAUGGAACUCUAUCCUUGCUCAUCCACUCCAAAAACUUCACAGGUUGUACGGCCUACUGGGUGUGUGUUGGUAGACACAAGGGACAGAGUCAUUGCAUUGGAAAGUACGGGCGAAGCACAUGCUAUUGUUCGUGCUAUCCUUCGAUGUCCUUACGACCCUCGAGGAUGCGAUAUAUACGUGUCCAGGUUUCCUUGUGCCAUGUGUACCAAAGUGAUGGUGCAGGCAGGAAUUCGCAAAAUAUACUAUUUUCCAGCUCAAAAUUGGGAGAUGGACUGGGCUGCCCAUUGUGAAUUGGAAAUGCAGAUUGAUCAAGGGUUUUUAUCUCCCGAAGUUUCCUCGUUACCAUUGGUAAUGCCUGCUGACAGCAAAACUGGGAAUACACACGUAGAUCAUAAUGAUGACUCUAUACAUCAACUGAAACGCACAAAAUUGUCUAGUGAUACUGAUUCAACAACAGUUUUCAGCCAGAGUGCAGUACCUACUCGUGACAACAGCGUCUUGGAUAGUCAAUCUUUUGGAUAUUAUGAGUCACAUCAACAACAACCAACACCUCAUAAAAACGUACCACUAGCAUGCCUAUCUCCAUCAUCUCCAUACCCACCACCUUCAACCUCGCGACACAGAUCAGGCUCAUCACCAAUACGAAGACCAUCAACACUCACUACUGCUAUAUCUGAAAAGCGCGAUUCCAAUUAUCAUUCAGUGCAUAGGCUAGUGAGCAACAAUCCUAUAGCCAUGUCCUUGUAUAUUCCACAAUGGGAUCACUCAAGUCUUAAACCUGAAUCUUUGAGCACAAGCAUGUCCGAUUCUUAUGUAAUGCCCACAGCUGCAACAGAUCUUUCACCAACGCAUGCCUACAACAAUGACAAGAAGCAUGAAUUGGUAGAGGAUAAUUGCGAUGCAGAUGACCAUCCACUCACUUGGAAACUAGACAUGUCGGUUGGACACACACCUGCAUUAUCAGCCCGAUGGCCAAUGAUUGUUGCCAAGUUCAAUCGUACAGUUAGAGCAAUCAGUCUGUUACAAUACCGUUAUGCAACGGCCAUGCUGACUCGACAUGUCUUGCAUGAUCUGAUGACUGAAAAAAGUAAUGCCAAUCAAAAACCUAGCAUUAAGAAAAAAACUACUUGGAGGGAAAUGGAUUCAUACACGGCUACAUUGGCCCGACACGCUAUGGUUUUGGCACAUAUUGCUUCCAAGAGAACUGACGACCCGAAAGUUGGUGUUGGCGCUGUUUUGAUUGAUUCUGAAUUCAAUUAUAUUUCAGUUGGAUGGAAUGGAUAUCCCAAAAAGGCAGCACAUUUUGAUUAUCCCCAAGCUGGUGCAGACGAUUCAGUCGAGGAUGAAGAACUCAAAUAUGACUAUAUUCUUCAUGCAGAACAGAAUGCAUUGUUAUGGCGUAAUCCACCAGGUGUACCACUUACAACUGGAUCAAUCAUGGUAACCACAAAGCUGCCGUGUGAUGAGUGCUCGCCAGUGAUUUCUGAUUGUGGUGUGUCGUGUAUUGUUUCUGUUCCGCAAAUACCUAAAUCUGCUAAUGAUCCUGCUCGGUUUCGUGGACUCACCUAUAAAAAACUUGGCAUGCUAAUCGAAAACCGAUGGAUGUUUGUCACAAAAUAA